UCAACGGCGCACGCUGGCGUCGGAGAAUAUUCUGGUUGUGGUCGGUGUUGCCUGAUUGGAGCCAAAGCACACCACACACAGCAAGGGGCGACCGUAGGCAUGGAUAGCUCACCCGCAUCCGCGGCGGACAUGCUCCUUCAGAGGCAUCGCUCCUCGCUCCAGCCCAUGGCGGCGGCGGCGACGGCAGCGGAAGCUGCCGGUGGACGCAAGUCUGUCCAAGAGCAGCAGCAUCGCGCGGAAGAGGAGGAGCCAACGCCUGUCCCCGCUGCUUCGGAUGCCGAGCUCGAGAGGAUGAUGCAGGCGGUUCGUUGGGGCGGCGGGCGGCAGCAGACGCCGCCGCCGCCACCGCCGCCCGCGGGCGUCGCUGUUCCGAGGAUGCAGCAGCAGCCGCUGUCGCCGGUGAUUCUCCCGGCGGGGGAGGCGCGGCAGCCGGACAUCGUGAGGCAUGAGGCCGCCGACAUGUACGACGUUCUGGAAUACCGCCUUCGCAACAAUGACCGCGACCUUAAGAGCCUGCUGUCGAGGAGUACCGACCGCCUUGCGAAGAGCGAACAGGAGCCCUCCCGGCCCACGGCGGGAGACACCUCGCCCCCCUCGGAACCACCACCGGCUGCGGCGCCGGUGUCCCCCCCCCCGGCGGCGGCCGCUACUCAACCCGCUCUUCCGGCGGUGGCGCCCCACUCAGCGGCCGCUUCCCCCUCCGCCGCUGCAGCGUCCGCGGUGGCCGUGUUGUCGUCGCCACCGCCGGAUAGCGGAGGCGAACCGACUCCGCCGCAGCAGCAGCCGCCGCAGCAGCAGGCUGCUGCUGUAUCCGCAUCCGGUGUUGUGACCAACACGGGCGCGGCGCACACCAGCAGCGGCGGCGGCGAUGACCGCCGAAUAGUCAGCAUUGAUUCGGCCGCGGCAGGAGCGGUGGCUGAGAGCGCGGGCGGGGUGGCCGCGCAGAUGGGACAAGCACAGGGCAUGGGUAUGCCCAGCGGCCCCGGGGUCGGCGAGACGGCAGCGGCGGCGGCGGCGGCGGCGGCGGCGGCGGCGGCGGCAGGCGAAGGGGCGGUCGUAACGCCUACCCGGCCGAUAGGGGGAGGAGAGAGCGGUGGGCGUGGGGGUUCGGCCAAAGCGGGACUUGGGCCGCCGGUACCCCCUAGCGUCGGUGGUAGCACCGGCAGCUGUGGUCUAGGACAGGCAGCAGGUGGCGGCGGCGGCGGCGGCGGCAGUGGGGUGUGGUUGAGACCGGGCACGACCGCAAAGAGCGGCGGUAACGUCGACGGGGUGUUGGUGACACCCCCCCGCUUGCCUCGUCCCCAGGCCGACGGCAUGAUCGUGGAGGCCGCGACGGAGGCCGCUCGCUGGCUAGCGGUGGACGACCACACGUGGCACCAGGGCAAGAAGUUCAUGGACGAGUGCAUCGCCGACUGCCCGAACGAGAAGAACCUUAACCGGAGGAAGCUCACGCCGGAGCAGUGGCGGGAGUCAAAGAUAAAAAGUAUCAAGGCGUCGAUCGCCGCCGACCCGUCGCUGGCUACCUCCCGGCACGUCAACAAGUCGGCCUUUCCGAUGGACGGCUGGACUCCCCUUCACGCCGCUGCCGCGAAGGGAAACGUGGAGUUCGUGAAGGUGCUGCUUGAGGUCCCUGGGGUUAGUGCUUGGGCCGUGGACCUCCAAGGGAGGACCGCGCUAGCUCUUGCCGCCGCCGAAGGUCACCUCGAUCUGUGCCUGCUACUUAAGGCCAGGAUGGAGAUGGAGUCCGCGGACACGAUCGUGGGCAUCAACGCUCCCGUGGACCUGUCGGGAAGGACGCCGCUCGCCUGGAGCGUGAAGGCCGCGCGGCAGAAGCGGAACAAAGAGGUCGAAGAACACCUCUACGCCACCGGCGACGCCAGCGUGUGUCCCGCAACGCCGGCCGCGCUGCGCAGCGGGGGGGGUCGCACGGGGACCAAGGGGGCAGGGGGUGGGGGGGUGGGCGGCACGGCAAGGACGGGAGCCGGCCGCGGGGCCGCCGAGAGCAUCGGGGACGGGCUCCCCUGCGGGUACUCGGACGCGCCAGGCUGGAGAAUAGAGAUGGAGGACGCCAUCUGCCGACACAACCCCAUCCCGGUGAACGACCCGGAGUCGCGCGAGGCUCCCCCUGCGGACCCCACGAGCAUGUUCGGCAUCUUCGACGGACACGGCGGCGACUUCACGUCCACGUUCUGCGCGAGAGAGCUCAUCGAGUGCCUGCGGGGGACAUCCGGAUGGAAGUCUGGCGACAGGGCUCUCGCUAAGCUGUGCCCGGCGGUGAUGGAGGCCUUCGUGAAUGUCGACGAGCUCCUCGCCAAGCAGCCGAGGAUGGUAGUCACGGAGACGAAGAACCCCUCCGAUGGAAGGCGGUUCGAGGCGAGGGAUGGCAGCGGGAGCACAGCGGUGGUCUCGUUCGUAACGCCGGCCCACGUGAUCGUCGCCAACGCUGGCGACUCUCGUGCCAUCCUGAUCAUGGUUCCCCCCGACCACAACAAUAGCAGCAGCGGCAAGGGCAAGAAGAGCAAGGGCAACAGCAGCAGCGACAGCACGAAAAUGACCACCACCGGCGGCGGCGGCGGCGGCGGCGGCGGCGGCGGCAGCAGCAGCAGCAGCAGCAGUGUGGGUGUGGAGGAUAGGAAGGGCGCGGCGGAGACUAUGGCUGAAGCGUUGGGGCUAAAGCUCGGCGGCGAACGGAACUCCGGUGUAGAGGAGGUGAAGGGAGAGGCCACGACCGGUGGCAGGCCAGCGGCAGAAGGGGAAUGGGGGGGGCUCAACGACUCGGUGAGGCUGGAAGACCAAGAAGAGGACGACGACGAGGGCUGCGAGUUCGAUGGUGCCGACAAGAUUCGCGAGCUGCUGGAGUCGAUGAUGCUCGGCGGUGAGGCCAAGGAAGGCGGCGGCGGCGACGACGAUGGAGCAAGACGGGACCGUGAUGAUGACUGCGGGGGUGCGGGGGGGUUAAUGGUGACCGCGAUGAGCAGGGAUCACACCGCGGCGGACGAGGCGGAGAGGGAGCGGGUAACCGCGGCCGGAGGCAAGGCGUUCGAGGUGCCCUACACGGAGCCAGACGGGACGACUUGCGUGGUGGUACGAACCGCCUACGACGAUAAGGUGGAGGGCCAGAGCGUGGUGCCCACCAGAGGCUUCGGCGACCUGUACUACAAGCAGAGGAAGGAUGACGACGGGAACCUGCUGCCCCCGGCGCAGCAGGUGGUGACAUCCUGCCCAGAGAUCAUGGUCCACGAGCGCGGGUCAAGCGGCAAGGAAGAGCUUCUCCUGCUGGCCUGCGACGGGGUGUGGGACGUGUUCGACAACCAGGACGCGGGGGAGUUCCUGGUGAAGACUCUGGACGUGCCCGUGGGGCAGGUGACCGGAGAACAGCUCGCCCUCGCCUGCGAUGCCCUCGUGAAGGAGUGCCUGAGGAGGGGGUCGACGGACAACAUCACCGCCAUGGCGGUGUCGCUGGGGUCGGGACCCCCACCCCGCCCCUCGUCGGCUGGCGGGAGAGUUCUCUUCAGCGAUGGCCAGUAGCGGAACCGCUACGCGAAACUUCACGGAAUUGAUUCGAGUAUUUUUCACGCUUCAGUCUCUUGCGGAGCACAGCAGCUGGCGGGAGAGGUCUGUUCAGCGAUGGUCAGUAGUGGAACCGUCCACACCAACGCUCAAUGGACUCUUGGUUUUUGAGUGUCUACGCUCGUCUCCUCCGGAGCACAGAAGUCAGUCAAAACCUACUGCCAGUAGAAAGCGAGUUUGCCUUGACAUAUUCGCUUUCCUGACGUCGUUAGACGCGUGGUAUUUUCCGUUUCAUCAAGAAGUAGUUCGGGAGGCCUGGCAAGCUUGUUGCUUGCUUGCGUUUUCGGUUUGAAUUCUGGUGGUUUUUCGUCCAAGCCGCGACCACAACACACUGUAUGGUCGUAAAUGUGGCGACUCGACUAUUUUUGGUGGGCCAGGGAAGGCGUGCUGGUAUUGAUACUGUGCCAAUCGCGAUGCCGCCGUGGGGAUCGAUUGCCGAUGUUCCAGCACGGAGAGGCGGAGACACCAGAGAUGGGAUGUUGGCGAGUUUUUUGGACGGGGCGACAAUCCUUCUCGCCCCAACUUUCGUCUGUGACCUGUUGCUCAACCCGUUUGUCUCGUGGCAGCAGAAAGCACACGCGGGGGUGGGGUUGCAUGUCCUAAUGCCGGCAGGCCGGCUAAGGUGUUCGCCAUGUGGAGAAAGGAUGGGAUGAGUAAACCGUCUUGCUGGGAUGUGGGGGGGCGUGGGGCGGGUCUCUUUGACCGACCGACGGCCAGGGCCUGGUGUCGGCAUGGUAAGUACCAUACAGUCCGACAAACAGUGUUGAUUUCUUUCUUCAGGCUGCUGUAAUUUUUCGUUCUUCGGUCUGCUGUCAUGUUGCCCUUCUGUUUUCGAGCGGUCUCUAUUAGGAAAUAUGCCUCCCGAGUGUGCGCAAAUAGAAGAAGGCUAUAGGCCACGGUUGGUUGCGGCUGGACACGUCUCGUCGCACCUUUUGCUUGUUCGUUCGUGCUUGGUUUGUGCAGCAAUGAUCGCGUUAUAGCCCGGCCGGACUACAUGUUUUACUUCCCGCGUGAUGCAUUUCUUUUUCGUUAAUCGAUCACGCUUCCUCCCAUCUCGAGGGGUACGAGGGCACAUGGGAAUCCGUUUCGACUUUGUGGAGCGCAAGAGUUGUUUCCCGUCUCAUCGUCCUUUUUUUUGUUGGUUUGAAUUGUUUGGUCAUAACGAAAACAUCUACACAGGUGAGAGUCUGGGCUACCCGUGUUUCUACGAUUCCUCUCGUUUUUGCGUUUGUUUCGCAAGCGGAGAUUGCUUCUUCAUGACUACGCUCUUGGUACAUCGUGCUGACUUGUGGUGGUACAGGUUUAUGGUGGUCAUAUGGCGUUGAAGCGAAGAGCAGGAGGGGGGGGGCAGAUAAGCGGGGCAUGCACACGCAUUUUCCGGCAGAAAGGGUGUGAGACGUAUGCAUUUUACGUGCGUUUUCGUUCGUUUUUUUCGCAGAAAAACAGACACGCCAAAUCGGUCCUGUUUUCAACAUGUGCGCUUCCUUGUUGUAGCAGCGGGUACCGACGUCGGCACUGUCCCUUUUGCGGCAACAAAAUAUGCCUUGUCCUACUUCUUCCUCUCUCGGUACCAAUCGAUUGGCGCAACUUGCUGUGGGAUCUUUUUGGGAUACCUCUUCAAGUAUUUUAGCAUGUGAUCACGAAAACAAGUCGUUCUCCGCCUUUGAACACAGGAAAGAGGUUACAGCGGCGUUCAGUAAUCCCAAUUUUGUUCACGGUGGUAAGUAUUCUUGAAGACCGCGGGCCAUCCCUUCGAAAAUGGUGGCUUUGGGCAGUUAUUUAGUCGGGCAGUUGAUGUCGAUAGGGCUUUGGGGGUGACGAGGUUGGGUUCGAACAAUGAGCGUCGCUUUCGGAAGACAAGGCUAGGCCAAACAACGAAAAUACGUGGAGUUCGGCAGCCCGUGUGUUAUGAUUAUUUUGUGUUUUGGAAAGGUAGUGCGUCUUUAUCCCGCAGGAGAGAGGAAGGCUUGGAGCACAGCUAUUUGAAGGAAGGUUGCUCGGACAAUACCGAGGUGGGGGGUACUAGCAUUCUCAAGAGAAUACCGGCUUGCGAUGUGGCUCCACCAGCGGUGCCAACAAGAACGAGCAGCUAUUAUAGCUGCGAUUGGCAACCGCAACAAGGACUAGGAGUAUUUAUGUCUUCACGCAUGAAAAUCAUUUGACCUCUGCCCGGUGUACUUCUUCUGCAUCUCCUUCUGAUGGUGCAGCAGGAAAACAGAAUGUGUCUACCGACAUCAAGCAGCAUCUACUGUCAAAGCACACCUAAUUCCACCCGAUGACCUCGGCAUUAUUUGGUUGAUGUCUCUCAAGCUGCACAUAUAUGCGAACAGACGCGAUUCCAGCAGGCAGCAUUGACUUCGUAAAUGGUCCAGUACCAGGAGCAGGCGAAAGGGUGGGCGGCCAAAUUGGAGUCAACGUUGCCCUCGUUCGCUGAUUGUCGUCGCCUCUCUACAUUGUACGAUGAGUACAAUCCAGCGGUCUUUCU